UGUGCUAUGGAAUCAACCUCUUAUGCUUUAUGUUCUGUUUAGUUCCUACCUUAUACUAAAAACUUUAAUUAUUCAUCAAUAAUUCUAUAUUCCUCCUUCGUCUUUUUUUUAAUAUAUUUUAUUGUUUCAUAUAAAUACUCGCUCUCUCUAACUCAUUCUCUCCAUAACAUAACAUACCUCUCUUCCUAGUUCCAUUUAUAAUCGUCGUAUAACAGAUUCUUAAAAUAUGGGUGAAGAAUUAAAACCAGAAGCAAAGGAGGCAGCGUCUGCUCCAGAGGCCGUCCCAGGGCCAGCCACGGCGGAAGAAGAGGAGAAAAAGAAAGAUGUGGCGGAGGAGAAGAAAGAGGCAGCUGAGGAGGAGAAACCAGCGGAGGAGGAGGAGCCACAACCACCACCACCGCCUCCACCAUUCAUACUCUACGUCGACUUGCAUUGUGUAGGAUGCGCUAAGAAGAUUGAAAGAUCUAUUCUAAAAAUCAGAGGUGUGGAAGAAGUGGUGAUGGACAUGAAUGAGAACCAAGUGACGAUAAAGGGAGUGUUGGAUCCGCAAGCUGUGUGCAACAAAAUCAAGAAGAAGACUAAAAGAAUGGCCAAAGUCCUCUCUCCGCUUCCGGCGGCCGAGGGAGAGCCUUUGCCACCGAUCAUAACCUCUCAAGUCUCUGGCGGUAUCACCACCGUUGAGCUCAACGUCAACAUGCACUGCCAAGCUUGUGCUGACCAGCUCAAGAAGAAGAUUCUCAAAAUGAGAGGGGUCCAAACAACUGUGACGGAGCACACCACCGGAAAAGUGAUAGUGACCGGAACAAUGGACGCGGAGAAGCUUGUAGAUUACGUCUACCGUCGAACCAAAAAACAAGCCCGGAUCGUACCUCAACCUGACCCGGAACCUGAAAAACCGGCCGCCGAGGAAGAGAAGAAGGAGGAGGAGGGCGGGGAAGGCGAUGAGAAACCGCCAGAAACCGGAGAGAAGAAGCAAGAAGAGAAGGAGGGAGAGGAAGGUGUCGGCGGAGAAGAAGCGGCGGCUAUGGACGACGGAAGAGACUAUGAAAUGGCGGCGAUGGCGGAAGAGGAAGGGAUGAAGAGGAUGAUGUAUUACUAUCAGCCUUCAUACAUCAUCGAAAGGGUUCCACCGCCGCAGCUUUUUAGCGACGAGAACCCUAAUGCUUGUUGCAUUACUUAAUUAAUUUGGUCUUACCGAAAAUAUAUAUACUAUAAUUAGGAUCAUCAUUAAUUACGCAAGAAAAUGAAAAAAGAAAAAAAUAGGUAAAGAAUGUGUAAACUAUAUAUUAUUUGUUAUAAUGUGUGUUUGGUAUCUUUAUAAUUGUUGAUGGAUACGUUAUUACACUUUGGUA